GUCGGAAGUGCCUGCGACUCGAAGCAGGAGGACUUCCGGUGUGUCUGCGGGGUAGCUGGGGAUCACCAUGGCGGCCUCCUUGGCCGGGAAGAAGAUCGUGUUUGUCACUGGGAACGCCAAAAAGCUGGAGGAGGUCAUUCAGAUUCUAGGAGAUAAAUUUCCGUGCACUUUGGUGGCGCAGAAAAUUGACCUGCCAGAGUACCAAGGAGAGCCUGAUGAGAUUUCCAUUCGGAAGUGUCAGGAGGCAGCUCGCCAGGUGCAGGGCCCUGUACUGGUGGAGGACACCUGUCUGUGCUUCAACGCCCUUGGGGGCCUCCCUGGCCCCUACAUAAAGUGGUUUCUGGAGAAGUUAAAGCCUGAAGGUCUCUACCAGCUCCUGGAGGGGUUCCAAGACAAGUCUGCCUAUGCACUCUGCACAUUCGCAUUCAGCACUGGGGACCCGAAUGAGCCCAUACGCCUCUUCAAGGGCCGGACAAUGGGCCGGAUUGUGGUGCCCCGUGGCUGCCGGGACUUUGGCUGGGACCCCUGCUUUCAGCCUGAUGGAUAUGAGCAGACGUGUUCUCAGUAUUUCAGGCUAGCCCCCACUUGUUUACAUGGGACACGUUGGCCAUUAUUGGGAAUCGGAUUUGUCAAGCUGGAGGGACCCUUCAGGAGCGUGGCCUGAGGCCUUACAACAGGACUGAGGACAACAUGAAACAUCGCUUCAGUGACACAAAUGUUCUGUAGCUGCACUGUGUGAUCCAGUAGAUGUUAGCCACAUGUGGUUGUAGAGCAUUUGUAAUGUGGUUAGAGCAACUGAGGAACAGAAUUUAUUUUUAUUCAAUUGUAAUUGGUUUAAAUUUAAAUGGCCACAUACUGGUGACCACUGUAUUGGAGGGCAAAGAUGUGAAAGUAACAACUGGAGUAUGGGAUUCUCAGCUCAUUGGAGUCCUGACAUGGGUGGCAGGUUACUGGCUGGCUGUUCAAGGCCCACUUCCCCUGCCCACCUGCCCGCCCCGCAGUGCCCUGGAGAAAAUUGCUGUGUUUGCUCUGUUAGGCCCCACUGCUUCCUGUCAACAGAUGACAAAGGUAAUCAAACAUGCAGCUCAUCCCCCUGUCCCCAGCUUCCUUUUAAUGACUUUUGGACACACUAGAACAAAUUUAGUAUCCUUCCACACAGAUUAAUAUGGAUUUCUACCUACAGUGGAAUUUAAGACUCUUUGAUUUUUAAAAAAUUAACUCUGGCUGCCAGGAGCUGGUGGCCCUGCUACCUUUUACUAGGGACUCUGAGCUUUGGGCUCCAGGAUGCGGUAAGGUGUACACACCCUCCCCGAAUCUGGGCUCCCUCUUCUCUGAGCUGUUAUUGUCA